AGUUCGAAACCAGUGAUAUUUUUCGAGUCCUGUAAAGCUGUAAUGGUCUCUCUACCCAUGACGUGUUGAUAAUAAAUUGUCAAAACAAAAUGCAAACACUUCUUCGAGGUAAUGCGAAGUGACUAGUCCAUUAAACACAAAGUUCAAACUUCAGUUAUAAGUUAUUUAAAAUAACAAAUUGAUUUCAAUGUUGACGCAAAAUCGAAUUUUAACUGUCAAUCAUUUUACUAUGAAUCGGGGAUCUCUGCUACAAAUGUUGUUCAUACUCUCAAUUUUGUUGCUAAUCAAUGGAUCUUUUAGCUCGGCCGUGAAUUCAACGCUGUUCAAAAUUGAUCCUUCGAAAGUCAAGCAAAUUUCGUGGAAACCCAGGGCGUUUGUGUAUGAAAGGUUUCUUACUGAUGAAGAAUGUGACCAUUUGGUAUCAAUUGCAAAAACAGAAUUGAAGAGGUCAGCUGUGGCGGAUAAUGAGUCUGGGGAUAGCCAGUUUAGUGAGGUCAGAACAAGCUCUGGCGCCUUUAUCAGCAAAGCAAAGGAUGAUAUUGUGGAACGUAUAGAGCAAAAGCUUGCAGUCUGGACAUUCCUGCCGCAAGAGAAUGGCGAGGACAUACAAGUUCUUAGAUACGAGGAAGGACAGAAGUAUGAGGCCCACUACGAUUACUUUGCUGACAAGGUUAACAUUGCUCGUGGUGGACAUCGUUAUGCAACUGUUCUUAUGUAUCUAUCUGAUGUUAAGAAAGGCGGGGAGACUGUCUUCCCAAAUGCAGAGUUGUCAGAACGUCAAAAGGCAGCUAUUGCAUUAAAUGAUGAUUUGUCAGAGUGUGGAAAGAGAGGCAUUGCAGUGAAACCAAAGAAAGGAGACGCUCUUUUGUUCUACAGUCUGUAUCCAAAUGCUGUUCCUGAUCAGAUGAGUCUCCAUGGAGGGUGUCCUGUGAUCGAGGGUGAGAAAUGGUCGGCAACCAAGUGGAUUCACGUAGACAGUUUUGACAAAAUCCUAACAGAUGGUUGCAGUGAUCGCAAUCAGAAUUGUGAGAAAUGGGCUACACUUGGUGAGUGCACUAGGAACCCGGAAUAUAUGGUGGGAACUGCUGAUCUUCCCGGUUAUUGCCGGAGAAGUUGCAAGGUCUGUUAGUCCGCUUGGUCUACAAUGUUGUAUUUUCACACUGUUGUAACUUGUACUUGUUACAUUCUUUAUGCUCCCUGAGAUAUAGGUAUGACCUUGUUCCAAAAUUUCCCAUGUAUGUGUUGGAAAUGUAGUGAAAUCCUUUGUGAACGGUAACUGUUGGGUUAUACUGGUAUAUUUGUAUUGUUUUGUUUCCUGUGUAACUUCUGGAUAGGAGAUUAUACGACCCUGUAAAAAGAAACCUAAAUGAGCUAUAUAUAUAUAUAUAUAUAUGGUUGUCUAAA